AUUCAAAGAGUUCUACAACACAAGUAACAAUCUCUUUGUGCUUUCGGAUCUACAAAAUAUUUUCUUGAAAAGAAUGAUGAACACCAAAAAGCUAAUCAAGAUGGCCAAGAAAUGGCAACAAAGAGCAGCCCUCCACAGGAAAAGGAUCUCAUUUCAAAGAUCAAGUACUGCUACCAGCUCAACCGCUGCAGAGAAGGGUUGUUUUGUGGUUUACACGACAGAUAGCGCACGCUUUGCUUUUCCUCUAAGUUACCUGAGCAACUCUGUUUUCCAAGAGCUCUUGAAGAUCUCUGAAGAAGAGUUUGGCCUCUCCACGGAAGGACCAAUAACAUUGCCAUUCGAUCGAUUUUCAUGGAGUAUCUUAUCAAAUUGAUCGAAAGACGAAUGGAUGGAGACACAGAAAAGGCUUUAUUAAUGUCAAUCUCUAGUGCUAGAUGUUCUUUACAACAACCAGAACAUAGUACUCAACAGAUGCUUGUAUUUUAGAUUUAGAGAAUUAGUAUGUACCAGUUUCUGUGUUUGUAAAGAUUCUACUGUAUUAGAUUAGACAGAUUAUUUCAGAAAUACAAACUAUUCUUUAUUUCUAUC